AUGAGACCCCUGUUGUUGGAAGUAGCAUUGGUUUGCCUGCUUGCCCUCGGCGGCAAAGUUGACGCUCAAACGCCUUCACCGACCGUUCCUGUGAUUGAUCUCGGAUAUGUCAAGUACAGCGGGUAUCAAAAUGCCACUGCAGGCAUCAACUACUACCGCGGUAUUAGAUAUGCUGCUGCUCCGACGGGUGACCUGCGUUGGGACAAACCGGUGCCAAUCGAGUAUAUGAACAACUAUAGCGGUCGAACAAUCAAUGCUUCUACGCUAGGACCUGCAUGUUACCAAGCAGCUGCGAAAUCGACAUACUCAACCCCAUCUGCACCACAGGGCCAGUCAGAGGACUGUCUGCUGCUUGAUGUCUUGGUACCUUCCAAUCCUGUCUCGACAGCUUUGCCUGUACUCUUCACAAUCCAUGGAGGAGGUUACGUCGGUGGUAGCGCACCAUUUUCCUACCCUGGUGACGCUCUUGUCAAUCGGUCUGAUGGUAAUAUUCUCUUCGUCGGUAUUCAAUACCGUCUGGGAAUGUUUGGUUUUAUGGGCGGAGACAAUAUUGCAGAAAAUGGAGCUUUGAAUGCCGGUUUGCUCGAUCAACGAGCUGCCCUCGAUUGGGUCCAGCGAAACAUUCGAGCCUUUGGCGGUGAUCCAGGUCGAGUGACUAUAUGGGGAGGGUCGGCUGGUGGUGGUAGCGUGUCAUGCCAGCUGAUUGCGAACGGCGGCUCCGACUUUGCUCCAUUCACGGCGGCCAUAGCAGAUCAUCCCUGGUGGCAACCCAUGGCAAACAGGAGCACCCAGAACACGCAGUACAAUACUGCACUGAGACUGUCAAGUUGCUCGGACAUCAACUGCCUUCGGGGGCUAUCGUCCGAAACGCUCGGAAAUCUCAAUCAAGCCGUCAUAAACGCAACUUAUCUGGGCCCUGGAAACGCAUACGGCGUCUACUACUGGGGUCCUGUGGUCGAUGGGAAAUUCAUUCGAGACCUUCCUGAUCAGGAAUUCGCAAAGGGCAACUUCUACAAUGUUCCAUUGAUCACCAACCGCGAUGCAUACGAGGGAUAUAUUUUCUCCAAUAUGAGCCAGACGUCUCAGGUCGCCGAAACAACAGAUGCCGAAGACCUCUUCCCCUCUGCAGGGCCAUCCUUUUUCUCGCGUCUGUACUCACUUUAUCCACGAAGCUCAUUCAACAGUACCUUCUACCAACGACAGACCUGGUUUGGAGACUUCAUCAUCAACUGCCCGACGUACUACAUGGCUUCGUCCAUGGUGGAUAGCAUCGCCAACCAAUCAGCCGUGUUCAAACUCACAUUCGCUGCCGGAACUGAACUGCACGGCGCGACGAACGCUUUCAUCUCGUCGAAUCAAACCAACUAUCCGAGCGCGAACAAUUUGACCUUGGCACACAUCAUGACGAGCUACUGGGUCAGUUUCACGGUCUUUCAUGACCCAAACCCCUUGAGGGAUACAAGAGCUCCGUACUGGCCGAGUUAUGUGUCGGGCGCGCAGGGGUCAAAGUCUGAAGGGGAAGGCGUAGGAUUCACGGUCCAGGCUGUGACGUAUAACAGCAUAACGCCGAUGAGAGAUCCGGAUGCUGCUGCUCAGUGUGAUUUCUUCAAUUCUCGUGGUUGGCAGAUUAGGAAUUGA